AUAAUGGGAUCGUGACGAGCAGAUUCCUGAUUCAAUAAUUGAAACUUACGAGCAUAAUGCUGCUGCUACAUUUGAUAUAAACCAGGAUCUCUCGGAACCAUGUCAAGGUAAGGCUAUGAAAGAUAAAUCCCUAUUAUUUCUUUAACUUAAUUAUAAUUGCUUAUUUAUAUUCAGGUAAUGAGUACUUAAGUCUACAACUAACAGCUGAGCUUUACCAAACCGAUGAGGCACCUACUGUUUACCGGGACCAGUCUGAAACUAGUCAAGGUACGUAUUCUAUUCUCGGCUAUUAUUAAUAUUUAAUUGAAAGUUUGCCUUUGCAUGUUAAUUUGAAUUGAGUGUGUUUUCUAACAGGUGAUGAGCAUAGCUCAGAUCCAGAAAGAAUCAUAAUCUCUAAAGCUGACUGCGUGGCCGAUGUACUAAUUUCUGAUCUUACUGAGCCUGUUGCUGUGCCUACUCUAGAUGGAAAUCAGGCUUUAUCAAGCCUUGGUAGCUAUUUUUGUUAACUCUUUUGUUAGAAGUAUGGCUUUGCUUAAUAAAUUAUUAACCAAUCUAACUACGCUUAUUAUGUGCUUUAAAGGUGCAGGGGAAGAAAUUGAAGACCAAAUAUUAUUACAGGAAGAAAAUAACAUGAAUGUGCCGAAUAUAGAACCACAAAGUAGUAUCACUGAUAAUACAAGAGAAGUAUCUGUUGAUAAAAAAUGUAAAAAGCGUAUAAGGGAACCUGAAAAAUGGAAAAAAAAUAAGAAGAAAUGUUUGAAAAAUGCAGGCAGAGCUUAUGAAACAGUGUCAGGUAAACUAGUUCCUGGUAAAGCAGUAAAACCUCCCUGUGGCGACAAAUGCCGCCUAAGAUGUACUGAAAAUAUAAAUGAAGACCAAAGAUUAAGCAUUUUUACUAGUUUCUGGAAAAUGGGUGACUUAUCAAGACAACGAGAUUAUGUUUACCGGUGCAUGGAGCCCUUUAAACCAAAAUAUUCACUUCAUAAUGAAAAUAGUAAAAGAUGUCUUAACAUAGCUUACUAUUUCACAGUAGACUCAAAGAAAAUUAGAGUAUGCAAACGAUUCUACUCAGCAACAUUAGAUAUUGGACACUCAUUUUUAACAACAGUCAGCAAAAAAGCUGAUUCCACUGGAGUUAUUUCGGGUGAUCUCCGAGGCAAGCAUGCUAUAAAUGGAAGAAGACUUCCGGAAGCUGUCAAAGAUGGAGUUCGCGAUCACAUAAAUUCCUAUCCCAAGAAAGAAUCCCAUUAUUGCCGGGCAUCGACUAGCAAAACUUAUCUUGAUGGUGACCUGAACUUAUGUAUGAUGUACAGGCAGUAUAAAGAUUGGUGUGUCCAUAAUGACAAGCUUUUGGCUACACAAGGUACAUAUGAAAAUAUUUUUCGUACCGAAUUUAAUAUUUCCUUUUAUAAACCAAAAAAAGACAUGUGUUCUUUGUGUUUAUCGUAUACGAACGCUAAUGGUGAAGAUAAAUUAAAUAUAGAAGAUGCCUAUUUGACGCAUUUAAGAGAGAAGGAGCUAUGCAGGCUUGACAAAGAAGCAGAUAUAGAAUCUUGCAAAAAUGAUAGCAGUAAAAUUAUAUGUUGCUAUGACAUGCAAGCUAUACUACAAACACCUUCAGGCAAUGAUUCACUAUUUUUUUAUAAGAGAAGGUUGAACGUUUAUAACUGUACCGUGUAUGAGAUUGUCAGCAAAACUGGUCAUUGCUACUUAUGGAAUGAGUCUUUGGGAGGGAAGGGUUGUGAUGAAGUUGGGACUUGCAUUCUUAGAUUUUUGAAGGACUAUUGUAUUGGGAAACACGUAAUUUUUUACACAGACAACUGCUCUGCUCAAAAUAAAAACAAAUAUUUAAUGAGUCUUUACCAUUACUCUAUUAAAGUUCUAGGAGUUUUAUCAAUCACACAUAAAUACCUAAUUGUCGGUCAUACGCAAAAUGAAGGCGAUAGCGUUCACUCUACGAUAGAGCAGGAAAAGAAGAGAAUACUUAAAAAUGGAUCUAUUUUUGUUCCUUCUCAGUGGAGCUCACUUAUUCAAUGUGCAAAAAAGAAAGGUAAUCCGUAUCAAGUAUACGAACUAGAUUACAAAGAUAUUGUUGAUUUAAAAGAGCUAGUAAGUCAGUUUGGAAAAAACUUUACCAUUAAUACAGAUGGUGACCGUGUAAUCUGGAACGAUAUAAAAAAGAUUUUCAUGCAGGCUUCAAGCCCUUAUUCUAUUUUCUAUUGUGACACAUACGGGACCAGUACAAUGAAAUGUAUUAAUGUACGUCAUAAAAUGAGAGGGACAGCUGUAAAUGUGGAACUACAAAUCAAGAAAAAGUAUUAUGCGCGUCCAAAAAUAUCAAAUCUGAAGAAAAAGGAUUUGCUUGCAUUGUGCAACUCUGUAAUUCCUAGGGUAUACUGGGACUUUUAUACAAAUUUAGAAGCCACAGACAAUUUUGUUGAAAAUGAAGAGAAUUAGAUUUUAAUUUUGAUAACAUACUAAACUACUAAGUGGCAUUAAUUUUGAAUUAAA